AUGCCUUUGGUGUUGUCGGUGAUCAUUGACGACGGUAGUCAUUUACCAUUAGGUAAACGCCAGAAGCUCAUCAGAAUUGACGUUAAAGAUGUCAAUACAAAGGAAAUAGUGGCAACACGAGAAUUAUCCUAUGUAGAUACAGACAAAGAUGAAGAUUACAUUCUUAUAAUUGAAAAAUCAAAUGACAGUGAUUUGAAGAGGCACACCUUGGAGAGGCACAAUGACGUCAAUCAGUGUUAUAUAAACAACAUAUCCAUUUGUGAUAACAUAAUCAAAGUAGAUAUCACGUCUCUUCGCUGCAAAUUAUGUGACAGUAAUAUCAAGUCAUUGGAAGAUCUUAUGGAACAUCUUCAGAAUACACACGAGGUUAAAAUAUUCACCGACAUAAAGAAUCAAAUGAUACCAUUAAAAUUCGACACGAAAAUCCUCACGUGUGCCAUCUGCGACAACGGUGCGAUGUACAAUAAAUUCAAAUCUCUUUUGGAACAUAUGAAAGUCCACUACAGAAACUAUGUGUGCCAAGAAUGCGACGCGGGCUUCAUAAAUCCUGCACAGUUGAGAGUUCACAUGAACUUCCACGAUAUCGGAAACUACGCUUGUGAAAUCUGUAGAAAAGUAUUUACCAACGGUCGUACUUUGAAGGCACACGUGCGUGCUGUUCAUAUCGUAAAAUCGCAGCCCGCCUACAAAUGUGGUUAUUGUAAUGAAAGUUUCCAAUUCUUCCACAGCAAAGAGCGCCACUUGCAGAAAGUACACGGUGUUGUUAUGGCUCCGAUUAACUGUCAAGCUUGCGACAAAUCUUUUACGACGCGUUCGACGUAUUUAGCACAUAUGAAGUUAAACCAUUUGAUGAUACGUCCUCACGCUUGUACGCAAUGCAACAAGAGUUUUACUUACUCGGCUGCAUUGAAAGAGCACGAGAGGAGAGUGCAUAUGGGAUUGAAGCUGUAUGAAUGCGAUUUGUGCAAUAAACACUUUUCAACGAAGAACGCAUUGCGACAGCACAUACGUAUUCAUACAAAUGAUCGAAGGUACAAAUGCCAGAUUUGUGGGCAGGCGUUUGUAGCGAAGAGUAGUUGGCGGGGACAUAUGCGGUCAAAGCACGACGAAAUGGUUUAA